AUGACAAAACGCGUUCACAACACUCCCGUCAAAGUCGAAUAUGAGGAAGACCCGGACGAGGCCAUCCAGAACCUCCAAAACUAUGUCAUGGAUAUUGAUCAACUCAACAUUUCCGAUUCGGAGUUCGAGUCGGAUGGUGAGGAGUUGGAGAUCACGGUGGGCACAAAAUAUAUUGAUGAUUUGGAGAUGGAGAAGAAUCCGAAUGUGACCAUUCAAGUUCAGUACCCGCCCAAAGAUAUGGCUCUGUAUAAGCACAAAGGAGAUGGUAGUUGUUGGCAUGUGAAUAGGGAGAAGAAGGGUAUGGUGGCCUUGUUCAACGUGCCCAAGGAUAUUAAUGAGGUGAACUUGGAUGUGAGUUUCUGUGUGAUUUUGUUUGGGUUCGAAGGCAUUUUAGACCAUUCUUUUUACAUUUUUUUUAUAUUAUUCUUGUUUGAUAUGUUUUCUUCGUAUUAUUCAAGCGUCUCAACGUAUUUUACUGUCUAUUUUCAGGAGAUUUUCUACCCUUACCAUCUAGACAAGAUUGUGGUUAUACGAGACGAUCAAGGGCCAAUUGGAACGGCGUUCUUGUUUGGUGUGUUUUACUUCUUAAAAAUGAUCGAGGCGUGGGCUCCCAAUGUUAUUAUCAAUGGUAAGAACAUUCAAAAACAUAUUUUUAAAUAUUAAAAAAUUUGUUACCUAAACUCCCCAUUUUUUACUUGUUACCUAAAAUUUCCCUUUUCAGACCACCAACUCCGUGCCAUUUUCAUCAACGACGACGAAGUGCCACGUUUAUUACCUGCCAAUGUGUACAAUGCAUUGAAAGGGUCGUCUCAUCGCUUGCUAAGACAACAUCUCAAGCAGAAACAGUAG